UUCCCUCUCCCACUAAACCCAUUGCCCACCUGCAUCCACCAAACCAAACCCAAGCUUCACUUCACGCCGACGGCCACCCUUCACCUUCUCCCUCCUUCCUCCAAACAACCGCCCAAUUCCCCAAAUCUCUCAUCUUUUUUCCUUUCCAAUUUCCCCCAAAACCCACCUCUCCUCCAUGAAAAGAGCUCGCUCUCAAUGGCUCAUGAUUUUAACCGCCACCUCCCUCCUCUUCCUCUUCCUCCUCCUCACCCUUACUCUCGCCGGCCACGGUAAAUACUCCCCCUCCGCCCCCGCCGACUUUUAUUACGAGCAACGCGAGUUCACCACCCUCGACCGGAAUUUCGGAGACACGACGGAAGACACCGACAACGAAAACAGCCACGGGUUAGGGAUUCCGAAACUCCCGAGAUUCGCCUACCUCAUAUCGGGCUCCAAGGGCGACGGCCCCCAGCUGCGGCGGUUGCUUCAGGCGGUUUACCACCCCAGAAAUUACUAUUUACUGCACCUCGAUCUCGAAGCUUCGGAUGCUGAGCGGCUCGAGCUGGCGAAGUACGUGAAGUCGGAGAGCGCGAUUCGGGAGUUUCGGAACGCGAUGGUGAUCGGGAACGCCGAUUUGGUCACCGCCAAGGGACCCACCAUGACUGCCGCCACGCUCCACGCCAUUGCGAUUUUGCUGAAGCGGGCGAAGGAUUGGAAUUGGUUUAUUAAUCUCGGCGCCUCGGAUUAUCCCCUCAUGUCCCAAGACGAUCUGUUGCAUAUAUUUUCUUUCUUGCCAAGGGACCUCAAUUUCUUGGAGCACACAAGUAACAUUGGGUGGAAAGAAAAUCAAAGAGCAAGGCCUAUUAUUAUUGAUCCUGGUUUGUACCACUCUAAGAAAUCCGGCGUGUUUUGGGCUAAAGAGCGAAGGUCAAUACCGGCUUCGUUCAAGUUAUACAUGGGGUCGACGUGGGUGGUGCUGACCAAAUCAUUUCUCGAAUUCUGUGUUUGGGGAUGGGACAAUCUACCCCGUACUCUUCUCAUGUACUACACCAAUUUCUUGUCAUCCCCAGAGGGCUACUUCCACACUGUUGUGUGCAACCACAAGGACUACCAGAACACGACCGUGAACCAUAACUUGCAUUAUAUAAGGUGGGAUAGCCCUCCGAAGGCAAAUCCAAUCAAUCUAACGCUGGAACACUACAACGACAUGGUCCAAAGUGGAGCUCCGUUUGCGGGUACAUUUUCCAGGGACGAUCCAGUUCUCAACAAAAUCGAUAAGGAACUCCUGAGGAGACCAAGUGGCCACUUCACUCCCGGUGGUUGGUGCUUAGGAAAUUUUGGUAAGAAUCCUUGUUUAGUGUAUGGGAAUUCAAAUGCUGUAAAACCAACUGUAGUUUCAAAGAGGCUGGAGAAACUCAUUGUGAAACUUCUGGAUUCCGAAAAUUUCAGGCCUAAGCAGUGUAAAUAGUGUUGCAAA